GUUCAAUGUUGUAUGCCUACGGCCAUAAUGGGACUGUCUGACGGCACAACCGAAGCGAACGGCGGCGGUAGCGGCAGCGUCGACUACAUCAACGCGGCACGCUGAUCGACAAACGAGUGGCGUAUACGUGUGUGGUGUAUGUACGUGUAUUGUGUUGGGUUCGGCGCUGUGCUGGUUGUUCGCGAAGGUGCGGUGCAGUAGUCGGUAAGAAAAUCAAAUUGCAGCGAGAAAAUAAUAAAAAAAAAAUUUUGCCCGCCGUUGUUGUUUAAUAUCGGGGGAGCGCGCGCGCACACGCAACGCAAAUCAAAAACGGUUAACGGUGUUAUUGAUGGGAAGUGGUCGUUGUCAGCCCGGGCAUCCGGAAAUCAGCCAAACUGGAACUGAUGGAAUUGGAAAACAUUGUGGCGAAUACCGUCUACCUCAAAGCAAGAGAAGGUGGGACAGAUAGCAAUAAAGGAAAAAGUAAAAAAUGGAAAAGAAUAUUACAGUUUCCUCAUAUAUCUCAGUGUGUUGAUUUAAAACCACUGAUUGAUAUGAGAUAUAGUUACAUAAUCGAUCAACAACCAAUUGGACGAUUACUUUUUCUUCAAUUCUGCGAGGAAGAACGAAUAGAAUUCCAUCGCUACAAUGUUUUCCUGAAUUCCAUCGAAAAAUAUGAAGUGGAAUCUGAUGAAAAUAGGUUGGAACUCGCAAAAGUUCUCUAUGACAGAUAUAUUAGAAGAGAUGCACCUGAUGCAGUCGAUGUCUUAAAUGAAGAUCUUAUAGCCAGAUGUCAUGAACAGUUGGAAUCUGCUCAUAGAGAAUUGUUCACUGAUUGCUCAACAGCUGUGAAGUCAUUUCUAGCUGGCCGUCCAUUUAGCUUGUUUGAGUCUUCAAUGUAUUUUCAUAGGUUUCUCCAAUGGAAGUGGUUAGAAAGGCAACCUGUGACGUACAAAACAUUCCGUAUGUAUAGAGUGCUCGGUAAAGGCGGCUUCGGGGAAGUUUGCGCUUGCCAAGUGCGAGCAACUGGCAAAAUGUAUGCUUGUAAAAAAUUGGAAAAAAAACGUAUUAAAAAGCGAAAAGGUGAAGCAAUGGUGUUAAUUGAAAAGCAAAUUUUACAAAAAAUUAAUUCUAAUUUUGUGGUUAGUUUAGCGUAUGCUUACGAAACAAAAGAUGCAUUAUGCUUAGUGUUAACCAUCAUGAACGGCGGGGACUUGAAAUUUCACAUUUACAAUAUGGGCUCAGAACCGGGUUUUGAAAUCACAAGAGCACGUUUUUAUGCUGCUGAGGUGUUAUGUGGAUUAGAGCAUUUACACGCUCAAGGCAUUGUGUACAGGGAUUGCAAACCUGAAAACAUUCUAUUAGACGACGCUGGCCAUGUUCGGAUAUCGGACCUUGGCUUAGCUAUGGAGAUACCCGAAGGAGAAUCGGUUAGGGGAAGAGUAGGCACUGUCGGAUAUAUGGCACCAGAGGUAAUUGAUAAUGAAAAAUAUACGUACAGCACUGAUUGGUUUAGCUUUGGAUGUUUAGUGUUUGAGAUGAUAGAAGGUCAAGCCCCAUUUAGAGCUCGUAAAGAAAAAGUCAAGCGCGAAGUGGUGGAUAGAAGAGUAAAAGAAGAACAAGAAAAAUAUUCUUCAAAGUUCACUGAGGAAGCUAAAUUAUUGUGCAAACAACUACUGAAAAAAUCUCCUAAAUCACGGCUCGGUUGCCAUUGUGGACGUUAUGGUGCUAGAGAAGUAAAACAACAUGAGUUCUUUAGGAUAAUUAAUUGGAAAAGACUGGAGGCUGGUUUGGAAGAUCCGCCUUUCAUUCCAGAUCCGCAUGCUGUAUAUGCCAAAGAUGUAUUGGACAUUGAACAGUUCUCGACUGUGAAAGGUGUCAACUUAGAUGCUACGGAUGAUACGUUCUAUACCAAAUUUAAUACUGGCUCUGUAUCUAUUCCUUGGCAGUAUGAAAUGAUUGAAAUGGGUUGUUAUAAAGAACUCAAUGUGUUUGGGCCCGAUAAAACGCGACCACCAGAUUUAAUUUUAGAUUUAGUGCCUGAACCAGAAAAGACUGGAUGCUUUCCAUUUAGAAGAAGAAAAACACAGUCACCGAGGUCGAAACCAGUUCCUAUUAAGGAUCCAUGUUUUUUAAAUAAACAAAAUAGAAUUGCCGAUGAAAUCCAAAGUUGAUGAAACAUUACCUCGAUAGAGUUCAGGUGACUUAAUACAUUCUUGCUGCUCUUUGAGAUUAUCUCCAGUUUUUUCCUCGCAUACACUUAUUGACUUAUGUCUUUUUUUUCUAACUUCUUUAUCGUAAAAUAUUUUUAUUUUCGUAUACAAAAAUGUAAUUUAAACAAUUCAUGAUCAUGAUAAACAAUUUUUUUUUUUAAAUAUUAAAUAAAAACAAUUAUUAUAUAUUAUGUACAUUAAAAUAUUAAAAAUUAUCUUAAAAGUUAAAAAAAAACUAUUUUCGUUUUAUAUUAAUUCAAUUUUUUUUUCCCAAUAUAUAUUGUUUCUUACUUAAAAAACCUUUAUCGGAAUUCAUGUCUUACUUGUAAAAUGUAGUUAAUACGGUACAGAUCCUCUGCACUAUGUUAAACAAACACUCCAUUUUAUAUAUUACAUUACCUAUUUAAGAACGAUGUUUAUGAUAAAAUUGUUUAUUGUUUUGUGGAUUAUUGACUAUACCAACUGUAUGUCACCUAAAUUAUUUGACACGACUAAUUUGGCUGUUGAUAAAGUGAUAUUGUUAAGUGAUUUUAUUUUUAAGUUUGGAUUAACUAUAAUUUUAAACAUUGUUUAAACUCUAUAAGCAUAUUCGCACAAUGGCUGCAAAUCACCCUCUCAAAACUAAACCUACUUAAAACGCUAUACAAUGUUUUAUUAUUAUUAUUAUUUCUUAUUAAUUUAAAAAAAAAUUUUUCAAUAGUUAUUAAAAUUUUCAUGGUAAUAAUUUUACUAUUUACAAUCGUUUCUUAAAGUAAAAAUUCAAUGUUUUUCGGUAGCUAUUACAGAAAAAAUUAGAAAUUUGAAUUAUUUUGUGGGGAAUGGGCAUAAUAUGUGCAGUGUGUGUAUAUAUUUUUGUGUAUUCGAGUAUUGCCAUUAUUUUUAAAAUCGAUAAUAUACCUACACGCACACAAAUGGAUUAUUCUUUACAGUUUUUUUUAAAAACUUUUUUAGUCUUCCAUGAAUUUAACAAAAGUAAAUAAAUGUAAUUGCCUUCAAAGUUCAUAGUGAUUUUAUUAACUUUAGUGAAUGUUUUAGAUUAAGAAAAAAAAUGUUUUGAAUUGUUAUUAAAUAAAUUGCAAUAAAACCCUUAUUAUUAUUAUUAAUUAUUUUGUAACAGGCAGCUAAUUUUUAUUACGUUGUUUGCUAGAUCUUGCCACAACUGUGUAUUCGCUAUGUCGAAAAAUAAACUUGCCCUUGUAUUGGUAUUGACAAAAAGUAUACCUAAUCUUGUUAAAUUUCAUACCUAACUAGUUAUUUUAUUAUUAUUAUUUUUUAAUAUAUGUUUAAAUAAUAGUUGUAUAAGUGCAUGUUAAACGUAUAUAGUGUAUUCUAAAAAAUAGCAGCCUUCAAUAAUGGUCUGCGUUAUUAAUGUGUUUUUCAUGCAAAUGUAUGUAUUAUUAUUUUACUAAUAAUAUGUUUGUAGGUACAUUACGUAUGUUAAAAAUCAAUUUGAAUGACUGAAAGUAGUUACUGCUUGUAUAGUGUUUAUAUAACAUUUUAUACAAUUUAUUUUCUACAUAAAAAAGAAAAAAAAUUAUAAAAAUUAAGGUCCUAGUCCUCUAUUAACAAUAUUAUUAAUUACCAUACGUUAUAUUUCAUGCCUUUAAAACUGUGAUUAAAUAGAGUACUUCAUA